UUUUUUUGCUUUUCGGUCUUUAUGGCACAGCUGGUGUUCGGAUAUUGAAACGCGUUUUAUUAACAGAAAAAAAGAAUACCAUGAGCUUCCAGUUUCAAAUUCGACGCCUAUUACAGCUUCUUCCCAGAAUAUCCAAAACCAGUUCUCUGUCCUAUUUUUAAGUAUUUUCCAGUUCCGUUAUUACUAAUUAUUUAAGUACCAUUUUUUUUUUAAACGAUUUUUGUAAAUAGUCGGAGGGGUUCGAUUGUUUUAAGAAAAUGUUUGAGAAGUAUUUGGGAGCUCAGAGAUGGCGAAAGAUUCACAGAGCUCUUCGCCAUUCCAGGGUGACGAUCCUCUGCCUCGUCCUCACCGUUGUCGUCCUACGUGGCACCAUUGGCGCUGGCAAGUUUGGCACUCCUGAGCAGGACUUCAACGAGAUUCGGGACCACUUCUACUCCCGCAAGCGAGCCGAGCCACACCGCGUCCUUGUGGAGGUCCAAACGGCUCAGUCGGACUCCGGCUCCGGCUCCGGCUCUGGCUCCGGCUCCACCAACGACAACAAUGACAGCAACAACUACAACACCUUCGAUAUCAGCAAGAUCUUGGUCGAUGAAGGAGAGGAUGAAAAACCUGAUCCGAAUAAGCACUACAGUCUCGGACCCAAAAUCUCCAAUUGGGACAACCAGAGGUCGAGAUGGCUAAAGGAAAACCCUAAUUUCCCAAAUUUUAUCAGGCCCAAUAAGCCUCGGGUGCUUCUGGUAACUGGGUCUUCGCCAAAGCCGUGUGAGAAUCCUGUGGGUGAUCACUACCUCUUGAAGUCCAUCAAGAACAAGAUUGAUUACUGUAGGUUGCAUGGAGUCGAGGUGUUCUACAAUAUGGCUCUCCUGGAUGCCGAAAUGGCUGGCUUUUGGGCCAAGCUUCCGUUAAUUCGGAAGCUUUUGUUAUCUCACCCCGAGGUUGAAUUCUUAUGGUGGAUGGAUAGUGAUGCCAUGUUUACAGAUAUGGCUUUCGAAGUUCCAUGGGAAAGGUACAAAGAUUACAACUUUGUAAUGCAUGGUUGGAAUGAGAUGGUUUAUGAUCAGAAGAAUUGGAUUGGGUUGAAUACUGGGAGCUUUCUGUUGAGGAAUUGCCAGUGGUCAUUGGACAUUCUUGAUGCCUGGGCUCCCAUGGGGCCAAAAGGGAAAAUUAGAGAUGAGGCUGGGAAGAUACUCACUAGGGAGCUCAAGGAUAGGCCGGUUUUCGAAGCUGAUGAUCAGUCAGCAAUGGUUUAUAUAUUGGCGACACAGAGGGAGAAGUGGGGUGACAAGGUGUACCUUGAGAAUGCAUAUUAUCUGCAUGGAUAUUGGGGGAUAUUGGUUGAUAGAUAUGAGGAAAUGAUAGAGAAUCAUCACCCUGGGUUGGGUGAUCACCGGUGGCCGCUUGUGACUCAUUUUGUGGGUUGCAAACCAUGUGGGAAGUUUGGAGAUUACCCGGUUGAGAGAUGCCUGAAGCAGAUGGAUAGAGCUUAUAACUUUGGGGACAAUCAAAUUCUUCAAAUGUAUGGUUUUACCCACAAGUCUUUGGGCAGUAGACGUGUUAAGAGGGUUCGAAAUGAGACUAGCAAUCCACUUGAGGUGAAAGAUGAACUUGGCUUGCUUCAUCCAUCAUUCAAAAGCGUCAAGGCAUCAUCUUCUUAAUUGAGCAAAGUAUGCCCACUGAAAUGUGAGUUCUUUAGGUGUGUUAUUGUGUGUAUGUUGUUUCUAUAUAUGCCGUGCUAGGAGUGGAGAUAGAUAUGGUAUUCUUUUGUUCCUUUGUAGCGUUUAAUUAUGAUUAUGCAUUUCUAUGCUAAUGAAUACAGAGUCAUUAAUUAUUUUA